AGGCGACAAGCUGAUCUUCGAGGUAAAAAGUCCAAGAAACUUGGAACAAUCCACUCAUCUCAUUGGUCAAACGUUCCAUGUUUCGAUCCAAGAGUUCCAUCUUUCCCAUGUUUUUAACCAAUCGCUAAACACCUCCAACUUCACCACGUGACCACUUCUCCAAGCAUCAUUUUCAGUCUCAAGUUUCCGCCAUCUUGAAUUCUACACAGAAUGACUCGGAUUAUAUUUUUGGCGCAAUCAACAUAAUUAACUCAAUUUGACAUACUUCAUCAAUUAUCGAUUCUCCGAUAUAGGUUUGAAUAUGAACAAGGUACCUAGAGUAAAUAUGACAGGCACUGGGGAGGUCAUCUUCAAGUGUUCAAACACGGCCAAGGGGGUUGCUGAAGCUAUCGCGAAACGCUCAAGACCAACUGCCCUAUGCCAGGAAGAGGUACACAACAAUGCUGUCCAGGAGUUAAAGCAGCAAGGACUCAAUGACCCAAGUUUAUUUGACAUAAGAGGUCAGUACAAGUUCCAACUUGGCAAGUAUUGUGGACAAACUUUUCACUGGCUUGCGGAAAACGACAUUGGUUAUGUGACAUUCAUAGUGGCGAGUUCCAUGAGAGAGGGCUCCUACCCUGACACACCACUAGGAGACACCAAAAAGCAACUAAAGAUCUACUUGGAAAGUUUCCCAGCUGGAAGGCGUGCAUUGCAGCAAAAAUGCAGAGAAUUAGAGGAAAGACAUGCUUCAAAGUUAAAGAAGAAGAUUUCUCCAGUAAAAACAGCCAAAUUAGUGGAUAGUAACCUGCCACCUCACAUUGUAGCUAAACGCUUGUCAAAGAUAGCUUCUCCAUCUAAAGUCAAACCAAAUGUUUCUGCUACAUCAGUCGCUGUGAAAUCUUCCUCGCCAUCUUCUGACAUUGAAGAUGCUGAACUGGUUGAAAUCGGCAAGUCAAUGGAGUCGACACUGGAUCCCGAACAGUCAACAUCCGAAAAGGACCAGAAGUGUACUCAGGCGUUGUCAUCUCCUAUUAAAGAACCGGUAACUGUAAAGACGUUGUCUCAGCUGAGGUCAAAUAUAUCAGUGCAGCCAGAAAAUCCCCUGCCUGAUGGUUGGCGUGACACUUUGGCAUCAGCAGACCAUGCCUGGAUUUCCAAGGCGCUGUUUAGGUACCCGGCUAAAAGUACGGCGGAGAAGAAGAUUGAGCUAAAGACGGACAAUCUUCAACUUUGGAUGUAUCUACCCAAGAGUAAGACAAGUUCUAGAUAUCUGUGACUAUUACAAUCUUGUUACAGAAUAUCUAGAGUGUCUUACUUGCGGAAAGAAGUAUAUUGGGUGGAGCCAGACUAUCCUAAGCCAGCUUGAUAUUGGUCAUCGCUACCAGUUCCCAGCCAUUUUAACAUACAGAUAUGCGUGUGACAUGAGGGUAAUUACAAUGUUGCUGCAGCGUGGACUCAGGAACAGUCCCACUAAG